AUGGGUGUACACAGCCUGCCCGUUUCAAGUGAUCAGCCACCUCAGAAGAAACGUCGGUUGGCUUCUGAAGAUACGUCUAUUCCAUCGGUGUUCACCUUGUCGUCCUCGCUUGAGGCAUCGAAGAACCAUUAUAGGAGCAUCAUAGUUAAGAAGGGCGAUAAAGUCAGCAGGCGUAUUGACACGCUGUUGAAACUGAUCGCAGACCAUGGUGCGGUGCUGGUGAUGGCGCAGGGUAAUGGGAUCCAGAAGAUGCUGACGAUAGUGGAGAUCGUCAAGAGUAAACUAGAAGGGGAGAACAAGUACGAACAGUUCAACAGAUUGGACAAGUACGACACCGUUGUGAAGAAGAACGAAGUCAUCGACGUGAAAAGAUCCACAGCUGUGUUCUAUACCCUGCUGAAAAAGGUGGAUCAAUUGGAUGAGGAAUUGAAGGAAUGGACCAGACAAACGAUAUAA